AUGCUGGGCGACGCCAAAGUCCAUGAUUUGGGUGAGACCCUCAGUGGCAACAUCACAGGAGAGGUAAGAGGCAGGGACAGCGCUCAAGAAAUCGUCUCGCAGCAUGACAGGGUCGACAACGAGGUAUCCCAUGGAUGGUAUUGUAAGAAAAACCCAUCGGUAGAGGAGCCGAGCAAUGCCAGUGCAUGGAAUCAGCCGCUGGGCAGCUUUGGGGAGAUGCUGGGCGACGCCAAAGUCCAUGAUUUGGGCGAGACCCUCAGUGGCAACAUCACAGGAGAGGUAAGAGGCAGGGACAGCGCUCAAGAAAUCGUCUCGCAGCAUGACAGGGUCGACAACGAGGGGGAGACUGGCCUCGGUGGUGGUGAUGCACUAGGCACAGACAUCGAUGGAGAAGGCGCUACUUCGAGUCAUUUGGGUGAGGUCUCAGGUCACUCUAGCUACGUCUCGGGUUGCUCAGGCGGCGACCAGCAUCUCGGGUCGCUCGGGUGA